GAUCCUGAUGGAGUGAGUCAGUGGAUUAUCUGCAGGCUGACGCCUAAGAGGAGGGGUGCCACAGGCAGUUUGCUCUGGUUGAUGCUCACCGUCAUUGAGAAAUUGGCUUCACAGCUGGAUGGAGCUCAGGAGGAACUCCAGAACGUGCAGAACAAGACUACUAUGACAGCAGCUGCCCAGACAGUUUUACAAGAGGCCUCGAAAGUUCAGAUCGCCAAGGUGGAAGCUCUGGAGGCACAGUUAGUUAAAUUGGCCGUGCCUUCAUCGAGACCUUUCCUCUCGAUGCCUACCCCUCCCCUCUCUGAGCCUGAGCCUAAACAGGUGUCUGAGCCUUCUGCUCCUCCUCCCGCGUCCUCUUCCUUUUUCCAGUCCCCUUCUAGGGUCCUUUCCCGGACUCCUUCCCCUUCUGUUUCUGCUCCCUCAUCGUCUCCAGCCAUCUCCGCUGCUCAUUCCCCUGAUCCUUUCUCUUCUCCUUCUUCUGAUGCUUCCUCUUCUGAUCCUUCCUGUCCAGCUCAGAUCCAGCCAACAACAUCUUCUCCCCAGAUGUCUUCUCCACACCAACAGGGACCUGCAUUACCACUAACGCCCCUGCCCGCAACUCUCCAACAGGCACUCACAUCAGCAGCUACAUCUCCGCCGGGAGCUCUCCAACACUUACCACCACCAACAUCCUCGUCAGCACCUCCCCAGCAAGCAUCGGCGCCUCUCCUACAGACACCAUCGCUUACCCAACAGGUCCCUCCACCACCAACGGUGCCUCAGCCAACCCCUUCCCAACAGUUAUCUCCAGGGCCAACCUUAGCGGAUGGCCAAACAGUACUUGUAAAGUGCAAACGACUACUGAGCCAGGAUAGAGACAGAGACUGGAAGAGGACUUUUCGGGAGGGUAACUGUAAAGUAUCUUCCCCUCCCCAUUGGGAGCGCAGGAUGAGGGUCGCAUCUAGACCUGCAACCAAACACCGGGUGACCACAGAUCUCCAAGGGCAACAGAGUACCUUUAGAAAUUCUCCAAGCUUUACUACUUAUGAUCUGGCCUCACUUACUGAGAAAUACCAGCAGAAGCCAGGAGAAUCCUUGAAAGCAUGGAUUCUGAAGGUGCUAGACAAAGGGGCGGAUUCCCUGGUGCUAGACGCUAAGGCGCUAAGAUCUUUAGGGCCACUGACUCGUGACAUGCUUUACAACGCAAUCCUGCGCGGCGCUCCCCUAGGGGUGACCUAUACCCCCCUCUUAGAAUGGUGCCUUCAGUGCUGGCGGCAAAGGUGGCCCUUUUGGGUGGACCAUAAUGACCCUUUGCCCAAUCCGUGGAUGUCCUUAGAUGAGGCAGUGCAGCGCCUGCGUGAGGAAGCAAUGAUAGAGUGGAUUUAUCUGGGGAAGGCUGCGGGCCUGGCAGGACCUAAUGCGGUAAUAUUGUCAAAUCACAACAGGGCCCAGUUAAUUCACUCGGCUCCUUUGCAAUGGAAGUCACUCAUCACAAUGCUCUUAUCAGAGCAUAGGGGAACCAUUGGAGAAAUGAUUCCCAUCCUAAGGGAGCAUCUUUCCAGAGAUAAGGUGGAAAACACUCUCCUUUCUAUAAAAGAACAAAGGAGACCAAUGCCAGAUCCCUGCUCUCCAGCUAACCGUAGAGCUCCUGCUCAGCAGGAGAGAAAUAACUUCCCAGGACUCUCAGAGGAAACAAGCAAAGACUCUGAGACAGAAGCCCAAGCGGCAAACAUGGCAACAUGGGUUUAA